AUGGGUAUCGACAUCACCCACCACCACGUCAAGAAGGGCAGCCGCACUGCACCCAAGUCUGAGGAUCCCUAUCUGCUGCUCCUCGUGAAGUUGUACCGUUUCCUUGCCCGUCGCACAGACGCCAACUUCAACAAGGUCAUUCUCCACCGCCUCUUCCUCUCCAAGAACAACCGUGCCCCCCUUUCCCUCUCCCGCAUCGUUAAGGAGACCGCCAACACCCCCGAUCUCGCCUCCAAGAUCAUUGUCCAAGUUGGAACCGUCACCGAUGAUAUCCGUCUAACCACCGUCCCAAAACUCACCGUCGCUGCUCUGCGAUUCACCCAGUCUGCCAAGGAGCGCAUCAUUGCUGCUGGUGGUGAGGUUCUCACCUUCGACCAGCUUGCUCUCCGCGCUCCGACGGGCUCCAACACCGUUCUCCUGAGAGGUGUCAAGACCGCUCGUGAGGCUUACAAGCACUUCGGCAUGGGUCCCCACAAGAACAAGAAGCCCUACACAAUAUCCAAAGGCCGCAAGUUCGAACAAGGUCGUGGUCGCCGAAAGUCGAGAGGUUUCAAGGUCUAA